AUGGAAGGCACCGCGCAGACGAUGGAGGCGAUGCGAAAAGACAUCGCGGCGCUGAAGAACGAUCUGGCGGAGAUCGAUGAGCUGCGGAACGACGUGCAGAUCGCUCAGCAGUCCAUUACUCAGAUCGAUGAAUUGCGGAACGACGUGCAGAACGAUCUCGAGGCCAUUCGACAGGACCUUUCCAAUCUACAGAUCGAUUUGGACAACGCCAAACAAACCAAUCUGCAGAUUUCCACCAUGCAGCAAACCAUGAACGGAGUGGACGAAACGAAAGAAAUCAUCGAAUCGAUGCGACAAAACAUCGACGAAUUGAACGGACUGCGCAGCGACGUGGAAUCGGCGAUGGCGAAUUGGAAGGAUUUGGACUCGCUGCGAUCGGAUGUGGACGAAAUCCGCGGCGAAGUGGAAUCGAUGAACAACGAAAUGAAAAAUUCGACGACGUCGUCGAGCGAAAUGCUGAAUGAAAUGGAGCGAAUGAAGAAAGAAUCGAUGGAUCUUUUGAAAUCGACGUCGGACUCGGCGUCGAAUUGUCUGUCUGCAAUGAAUCGCGAAGUGGAAUCGAUGAAAGACGAGGUGAAGAAAGUGUGCGCGCUGCACGACGAGCUGAAUGAAUCGAUGGAGACAAUGAAAUCCAAUCUGGACGCCGCUCAACAAUACGCCGAGGAGUGUGCUCGCAGCACGGCGGAAUGCAAUCGCAACGCCGACGAGGUGCUGAAGACAUCCGAGUCCGUCACGGCGAUGCUCGAUGAAGUCUCUCGCAUCACCGCUGAGGGCUCCCAAUCCGCCUCCGCUUCGAACGAGCAGCUCGCCGCCGAGCUCCGUCUGCUCAGCACGCAGCUGAACCAGGUCAAAUCGCAGUGCUCCGCCGCUACCGAAGGCGUCUCGCAGGCGAUGAGUCAGGCGGACGAGGCGAAGCAGAAGACGGAGUCGCUCUCGAAGGCGUUGGAAGGCGUGGAGGAGGACGUCUCGGCGACGAAACAGUCCGUUAGCGGCGUGUCGAGCGCAGUGGAGGAGCUGCAGAGCGGCGUGUCGGACGCAAAGCAGAUCGCAGAAUCGGCGUAUGGACAGAUGGAGGAGCUGCAGAAGCGCGUCUUGGCCGAGGAGCAACGGUCCGAUGCGUUGGAGAGCCAGCUGAAUGGACUCAACGCGGCGGCUGAGGAGGCCAAGCAGACGGCGGAGAACGCGGUGAGCCAGCUCGAAGAGGUCCGGAAUGACGCAUCGCAGCUCCGCGACGCGUUCAACGGCACGGCGAGCGAACUCCAAAUCGCGCAGGAAGCCGUCGAGACGCUUCAAAACCAGCUGCAGGCGGUGUCUUCGGCGCAGCAAGCGAGCGAAGCGGACGCCCAAGCGGCGAUCGAGACGCUGCAGUCGAACUUGGAUUCGGUCCUGCCCACGGUGGACGACAUCAUCAAGCAGAUCACGUCGAUCACCGACGCUGUGAACGAUAUGGACAACCAGCUCACGCAGGUCGAGCAGACCGCGAUGGCUGCGAACGGACUGGCCGAAGAGCAGAGCGUCGCCGUGCAGAAUCUGAGCCAGCAGGCGCAGAACGCUGCGUCGAGCGCUGCCUCCGCGCUGGAGAGCAUCGCGGCGCUGGAAAGCCAGCUCGAAAAGAGCCGAGCCGAAGCCGCGGAAUGGAAGGAAGAAGCGGCCGAAGCAAAUCGCAGAGCGAGCUCGGCUGAAUCGCUCGCGAGCUCGGCGAAGUCGAUCGCCGAUUCGGCGGUGAAGUCGAUGAUGAGCUCGGCGCAGUCGGACACGAUCGCGAUGUCCGCGUUGGACCCGCUGCGGACGCUGAUCGAAGACACGGCGAAGCGUGCAGAAGCGACGUCGAAGCGCGUGGACGAGCUGCAGAGCGAAGUGGAGAGCGUGAAGAAAGAAACGCAGGAAGUGGCGGCGAGCGUGGAGAGCGGAAAGAGCGAAGCGACGUGCGAGAUGGCGGCGGUGAAGGACGAGAUCGAGAUCUUGAAGAGCGGAAUGGAGGAUGUGAAUAGUGGAGUGAAUAAUCUGUUUGAGGCGGUGGAUGGAGUGAAGAGCGAAGUGCAGGAAAUGAACGAAAAGUCUGGAGAGCGCGAAGGAGAACGCGAAGGAAGUGGAGGAACUGAAGAGCAGCGUGGAGGAAAUGAAUCGAGAAAUCAGCGAAUUGGGUCAAACCAAAACGGAAGUGAAUGA